AUGGGCGUAACGAAGAAAGAGAUGCCGCUGCUGCAGCACGGCGGCCCCUACGCGGCCACGAGCCCCACGGCGUCGUCCGUGUCGUCGUCCUACUCGCGCGUGGCCUCGGAAGAGCUCAUUGUGCCCGCGCCAGACAGCGUCAACUCGGUCUACUACGGCGUCGACGCCUUUUCGCCCACGCUCGUGGAUUUCUACACAGUGGACCAGAAACGCAUUGUCUGGUCCUCCCGGGCCCACCGCAAGAUCAUGACGACGCUUUACCGCGCGUGGCACGGCAAGCACUGGAAGAUGUACUCGCUCAGCUUCUGGGGCGGCCUCUGUGCCAUCGUGGCCUUUCUGUUCUUUCUCGCAGGCGCAGUGGGCGAGUCCGUGGCCUUUGGCGCCAGCGACGGGAGGGACUCGAUCACGACGCAGAGAAUGGAGCACCAAGUGCACUCGUCCGUGGACCUGCCAUUGCUGCUGGCCGCUGUGUUUUUCCUCGCGUACCACGCGAUCACGUACUUGGAAGUCAUCAACUGCUGCCACAACCUCGAGAUUUGGCUCGAGGAGUACUUCCACGGCACGGAGCCCGUUCUCGAGCGCCAGUACGUCGGCUUCUUCCCGAGUCGCAUUGACUUUUGGACCGCCAUCUUGGGCAUGUUCGGGUCCAUGCUCUACGUCUUCGCUCGGGCAUAUGUGUGGGUAAAAGCCGACACGGAAAAUUUUGGCAUUGUCAGCGUCAAGCGCGACGACUUGAGCCUCAUUGUGGGCUACUGGGUGCCGUUCUUUGCCGGGUCGUUCCUGUUGCUGCUCAGCGCCUACUUGGCGCACGUUGAGGUCGUCCACCAAUGGUUUUCGUGCCGACUCACGACGCUCGAGACUUGGAUCACUGGUCUGAACAUGCUCGCGAUGGUCGGCUUCUUCCUGUCGUCCACGCUGCAGUUCAUGGACCCGUUUUCGGCGCUGUUUUCGUUCCAGACGUGCGUGAUGCCUUUCGCGUCAGGCUGUGUGCUGGGCCUUGGCUCGAGCGUGCUGAGCCUCAUGGAGCUGGAGAAGAUCCACAAGCGCCACAAGCACCCGGAGUACGGCCUCUACGCGUGUCCCACUGGUUACGGCACUGCUGCAGGCUACGGAUCGUACAAGCAGCAGCAGCAACAAGUAUAA